AUGAUUGAAUACCUCAGCUGCACAGCAUCCGGGAACUCUACGGCUCCUGGCAGUGACUACGCCGCCAAUGUGAACCAGUUCCUCACCGAGCUUCCGGAGAACACCGUCUCCAAGAAUGGAGGCUUCUUCAACGGAACGCUUGGCAACGGCACGGGGACGGUGUAUGGCCUCGCCAUGUGCUCCGCAGAAUACUCGCGUGCUGACUGCCGCGACUGCCUCACGGCAACUGCUGGCAGCAACACCGGCAGCCUGCCGAGCCGCUGCGCAGGGAACACGACUGUGUUCGCCGUCUUCGACAAGUGCCUCGUCCGCUACUCCGACACCAACUUCAUUGGUGCUCCUGAAACUGACGUAAUCUUCUCGUAUGGUGGUGAAGGGCCCUUCAAGCCAAUGGCGGAUCCAUUGGGCUACAAUACCAAGGUGCAGGACCGACUGAAGCUGCUGACCGCUGAGGCGGCGACCUCGCCCAAGCGGUUCGCCGCAAACGUGGACGAACCUCCCUACGCUCUGACGCAGUGCACGUGGGACUUACCGCCGGACAAGUGUAAGCAGUGCCUGGACGUGCUGUCGGCCAACGCAUCGGCGAGGAUUUACAUGACAAUAGAAGGCAAGCGCAAAAGCUACAGCUGCACUCUUAGGUACAGCAACACGACCUUCGCCGUGGUUCCCUUCGAGGAUACAUCUUCAGGUCCUUCGUCAGGUCCAUUGCCACCUACGUCAGCGUCAGCUCCUUCAUCCGGUGCAAAAAGUAGUUCAACGGUGAUUAUCGCUGGAGUGGUGAUUCUUGCCUUGGCCCUGUUGAUGUUGAUUUGGUGGAUUGUGUGUUGGUAUAAGUGGAAACACACGCGCGACUCCUUUGGGAAGGGGAGUCGGCUUCAGCGUUUCGACUACCGCGACUUGUCUAUCGCUACUGGUGGAUUCUCCAAAGAGAAUGAAAUUGGAAAAGGUGGCUUCGGUGUGGUUUACAGUGGGAGUCUUAAGAAUAAAGAGGUGGCUGUGAAGAGCAUCGUCAAGGACUCAAGAGGAGAAUUUAAGGACUUUCUAGCAGAGCUGGGUGCUAUCGACGGAACAGGCCAUGUUAACCUGGUGAGGCUCGAAGGCUGGGGCUGCAACAUAAACAAUUAUAUGUUUUCAUGCUUGUACAAGCAGGCCGUCAAUCUAUUUCUUGUCUAUGAACUCGUACCUAAUGGCAACCUCCACGAGCACCUGUACGAAAAGACGGAAGUACUCUCAUGGGCAAUGAGGUUCAAAAUAGUUAAGGGCUUAUGGUCUGCCCUUAAUUACCUCCACUACCAAUGUGACCCAUACAUCUUACAUAGAGAUAUCAAACCAGCCAACAUACUCCUAGAUAACGAUUUCAACGCCAAGCUCGGGGACUUUGGCCUAUCGCGAGUCGCCCAAGUCAGCGGCCAAGAAUCAAUGCAAACGGCAGUGGCUGUUGGGACUAGGAGCUACAUGGAUCCGCUGUGCAUGACAGAUGGAAACGUCAACUUGCUUCGCAGCUCCGAUGUCUACAGCUUUGGGAUCGUCUUGCUAGAGAUAGCGCAUGGAAAUAAUAACCCGGACGGAGUACGGAAUCUGUGCAGAAAUCACCCUGAAUCAUUCGUGAAUGAUGUUGCUGACAAGAAGCUAAAGGGCCAGUUUGACAAGAGGCAGAUGGAGCGUGUCAUUGCACUGGGCAUCCGAUGUUCUGAACCAAUCGAUGAGAGCAAACGUCCUUCACUGGAUAGUGCAAUAUUACACUUUCUGGGAAACGGCGGAGAGCUGCCCCCUCCCAAAAUCCACGAAGACGAGCCACACGCUGCUACUCCGGCCUAG